AUGACGCAGCUCUCUUCAACCUUUAGAAUCUGUGAUCUUGGUAUACCGCAGUUCUUCCUUGGCGUUAAAGCUCUGUACACUCCUGGUGUUGUGGUGUUAUCCCAACGCCGUUAUAUGACAGAGCUGCUUCGCAAAGCCGGGAUGGACUCAUGCAAACCUCUAGCCACACCGAUUACAGCGGCUACGUCUACGCCCUCUGUGGACUCAUCACCUAUGGAUGAUCCUACUCUUUAUCGCCAACUCGUUGGCUCCCUAAUGUACCUCCUUGUCACACGGCCAGACUUGUCAUUUGCGGUUAAUCGGCUAUGCCAGAUCAUGCACGAUCCUAAGCAGGAUAACUGGGUUGCGCUUAAACGCGUCUUGAGGUAUGUCAAAGGGACACAACAUCUAGCUCUUCGUCUCACUGGCUCAGCAUCUCCAGUGGUUCACGCUUUUUCAGACUCCGAUUGGGCUGGCCGUUCACUAGACAGGAAAUCUACAGCAGGGUACGCGGUGUUUAUUGGCCCCAAUCUGGUUUCUUAG